GAAGUAGGUUACUGCAAAGGAUGGUUGAGACGAACUCACCUGCGGCUCGAAACUGGGUGGGAAGUGAAACCUUACGAUUUGCAAUAAAUAUCAGACACCUGCCCGCGCGUAUCACUGAGUUUCGCAGUAGGUGAGGACAAAAGGCCGCCUGCAUGACACAUGAACGGCAACACGAAGGACUGACAGCGACCAAUUUGACAAAUUCGUCGUAUGACAUGGAGCCACUCAAAUCUGGGAAGAAAUUUCCGGACCAUGGCUUGGAGCAGACAGAGCAGUUUCUUCCAGCAUCGGAUGCGAAGAAGUUGCAGAAGAAGAGGGUGUCGUGCAGAACGAUUAUUGCAAUAGGUGUACCCACAGUGCUUGCGAUCACUGCAUUAGUAACUGGACUGCUAGUGUGGCAAUUCCAUUACAGGUAUAAUGGGAGGGUGAGGAAGAUGUUCAGUGGUUAUUUGACCAUAUCCAGUCAGACGUUCUCAGAUGCUUAUGAAAACAGUAACACCACUGAAUAUAAAGAACUGGCCUUAAAGGUCUCAAGACAGCUCAAAAGUAUAUAUGGUCAAGUGCGGGUGCUGUCGAAGUACCAUGUGGCGUCCAGUGUGCAAGGUUUUAGCGAAGGCAGUAAUAACGGUAUCAUCGCUUAUUACCUGUCUGAGUUUAAUGUACGGGAGUCCAGAGUAUCUGAAGUGGACGAGGCCAUGGCAACCCUGGAUGGGGGAGAAAAUGGAAGGAAAGCCCGGAGGGGGUCUGGUCGCAAGACUGAUGAUAGCCUCAUCAUUGACGGCAUGACGUCAGGAGCUGUGGAUGCUCGGUUAGCUGGCAGAAACCUCAAACGCUCCAGUAAGAAGUCUCAUCAUGCCCAUCAGAACCAGACAGAAAUAAUCCGCUCUCCAGGUUUUCCAGAUUCCGCCUAUCCUCCCAGCCUGUACACCGAGUGGCAGAUUCGGGGCGACCCAGAGCACAGGAUCAGAUUGGAGUUUGACGUCUUAGACCUGGAGAAAGAUUGCCAGAAUGAUUUCAUCAAAGUGUACGACUCAUUAGCACCAUCAGAGAAGCAAGUCAUAACGGAGAAAUGUGGAUAUCGCUUACCUGAUGAGAAGCUAAUUUUCCUUUCCUCUGGGAAUGUCAUGCUGGUUACACUGGUUACAAAUGAAGAGAAAAACUUCCCAGGUUUCAGGGCAUUUUACUCGCAGAUUCCAACCAAGGUUCAAGACUGCGGAGGGAAACUGACGGGGCUUCGCGGUACCUUCACAUCACCUGGCUAUCCCUCCCAUUACCCACCUAAGUCUGAGUGUGUCUGGAACAUUGAGGUUCCAUCAGGAAAGCAUAUCAAGGUGAAGUUUGACAAGUUGUCUAUACACAGUCCUGACCAAAAUACCAUCAGCUGUCCAGCGGACUACUUGGAGAUAAGCUCCAGAAAUACUUUUAGGGUAUGUGGAGAGAAGCCACCCAAAACUGUCUACACUAUCAAAUCAAACGAAGCCACCAUCAAAUUUCAUUCUGACCUUUCUUAUGUAAGCGAGGGCUUUUCUGCAGAGUUUCUGGCUUUUGAACCCACUGAUCCCUGCCCUGGGAAGUUCCAGUGUGAUAAUGAUUUGUGUGUGUCCCCUAACCUAAAAUGUGAUGGCUACAACGACUGUGGAGAUAUGAGUGAUGAGAGAGGCUGCACAUGUAAUGAGACUCAGAUAAAAUGCAACAACGGCAUCUGCAAGCCCAGUUUCUGGCGCUGUGAUGGGGUGAACGAUUGCGGAGAUAACACUGAUGAGCAAAACUGUGGGAAUUGCAAAGCUCAAGAGUUCAGAUGUCGAAGCGGCCGCUGCAUCCCAGCAUAUAAGAAGUGCAAUGGCGGCGAUGACUGUGGUGAUGGCUCAGAUGAAUCUCAGUGUGAGAAAUCCAUAGCUGUUCACUGCGCUGCUCUCACAUAUAAGUGCAAGAAUAACCAGUGCAUUAGUAAACUGAACCCUAUGUGUGAUGGAGAGACUGACUGUGAGGAUGGUUCGGAUGAAGCUGAAUGUAAAUGCGGGACGAAGCCCUACAAGUCCAGUCGUAUUGUUGGUGGAAAGGACUCGAAUGAAGGAGAAUGGCCCUGGCAGGUCAGCCUCCACAUGAAGACACAAGGUCACGUGUGCGGGGCGUCUGUUAUCAGUAACCGCUGGCUGGUCACUGCUGCUCACUGUGUGCAGGACAAAGAAAAAUACAAAUAUUCCCAGGCUGACCAGUGGGAAGUCUAUCUAGGUCUACAUCACCAGAGUAAGACUAGUAAGUCAACCCUAAGACACGUGAAGCGCAUCAUUUCUCACCCUCAGUAUGAUCCCAUGAGCUACGACAAUGACAUCGCACUGAUGGAGUUGGACAGCCCUGUAACUCUCAGCCAGAGCAUCUGGCCCGUCUGCUUACCGGACGCCACGCAUGAUUUCCCAGUAGGCAAAUCUGUCUGGAUCACAGGCUGGGGCAAACUGAGAGAGGAAGUUGAUGAUGUUGCAUCAGUGUUGCAGAAGGCAGAGGUGCGCAUUAUUAACAACACUGUGUGCAACAAGCUGAUGGAUGAUGGGAUAACACCACGCAUGAUCUGUGCAGGUGUAUUGGCUGGAGGCGUAGACGCAUGUCAGGGUGACUCAGGUGGACCAAUGACUUCCACUGAGAACAAUGGCCGCAUGUUUCUCGCUGGAGUGGUGAGUUGGGGAGAUGGCUGCGGCCGCAGGAACAGGCCUGGCGUUUACACACGUGUCACAGAAUAUCGCAGCUGGAUCAGGGAGAUGACAGAGGUAUAAUGUCACACUGGUGACAAGAAAUGGACUAAAGCAUAAAAUGUAUUAAGAGUUAUUGAGGAUUAUUAAAGCAUUCGCAUUCAGAAGCCAUAAAGAUUCCUAUAAUCAGGCUAAAUGUACACAGAAUAUUUUCUUUGACCUUAAUUUUCCACGAAUAUAGUUUCUUCAUCUAUUCUUUAAGUGUUUCUGUAUGUAUUUACACUCUUAAAAGAGUUUUGUCUUUGUGAAUUAUGCUGUUUUUGAGCUCAAAUGUUGCUCUUGCUGUGGAGGAAAAGUAUUCUUGCUGCCUUGCUUAUGAAGUCAUUACAACUUGAGUGAUUCUCAGGGAUUAUUGUUGGCGUAAUGUUAAUUAACUGUGUUUUUCAAUUACAUUGUAAUUACAGUUUUGUCAGCUUUCAUACCAAACAGACUUAAUGAUCAGAUCAAUGCACAAACGGCAGUUGUUGCCCUGCUUAAUGUCAUUUUAAUUUUAAAAUAUAUGCUUAUAGCUUUGUAUGUUCAUGGCAGACUAAGUAUAUUUUGUUUGUGUGUAUAGAUUAAAAAAAACUGUGUUCCUACUCCUUAAAUUACUUCUUUACCAUUGGAAUUUUGAAACUUGAAAUAUGAAAAUGUCAGCAUUUUUUUAAAUAACUGGUAAUUUUUUACAUAUAAUUUUAGUUUUGUUUACACAAUGAUCUUUGAUUUACUGUUCUGUGUAUCUGUGAUCUUUAGUUGUAAUAUUGUUUUUUAAAGUUUUAUUUUUGUUAUUGUCCUCCUUGGGGGAUUGGCGUUCCCAUAAUGUGCCUUGAUACUUAAGUGGAUUCUUUGUUAAACAUUAAAAGGGAAAUUCUAAUCUGCUUUGUAUUUACUUAUUUUUUUAUUUCGUUUUUUUUAGGAGUUUGUGCUAUGUUUUAAGAUAUGAAAUGACAAAAAAAAUUACAUUCAUUCAAAUAUAACAUACAUUUCAAAUAUAACAAAUUUUACUUGUAAAUACAUUAAAAAUAAAGACAGGGAUAGAUUAUGAAAAUGUCUAUGAAGAUCAUUGAAUAUUUUUAAUUAUUUUAAAGUGUUUUUUUUGUUGUUGUUUAUAUAUUGUACAAUGAUAUCUAUGUAAUACCUUAUUUCCUUAAAACUGAAAAAGCGUGCAAUUAUGAUAUUUGCAUUUGUGAAAUUUACACAGAAAUAAAAUUAAAUUCAUAAUUAAA